AUGGAAAAGGCAGAUUUGGAGACCUACCAAGUGCAACUUUCACAGGUUGAAAAUGCUCUCUCUUUAGAUCCCGACAACGCGGAACUCGCGUCUCUCAGCUCGGAGCUGAAGGAGCUUAUCGAGCUCACUCAAGCGUCCAUUGCACAACUCGAAUCUGCCGCUGGAUCAUCAAAGGCGGAGGGGUCGCGCAAGGCGGCGACAUCGGUCCCAACGACACAGUGGUCAGCGGGCGACGAGUGUCUCGCCAAGUACUCUGGGGAUGGCGGUUGGUACCCUGCCCGCAUCAAUUCCGUCGGAGGUUCUGCAGAGAAACGAGUCUACAGCAUCAUAUUCAAGGGAUACAAUAACACGGAGCUUAUCGAGGCAAACAUGCUGAAAGCCCUCCCGGCCAACUACACCAGCAUGGCCCCGUCAUCGAAUAAGCGGAAAGCGGACUUGGUGGAAGAACAGGAGCGCGAGAAGAGGCGGAAAAAGAACGAGAAGAAAUUAGAAGUCCGGGCGGCGAAGGCGAAGGAACAGAAUCAGAAACAAGCGACAUGGCAGAAGUUCGCGAAAAAAUCGGAAAAGAAGGGUGUCCACAUCGCAGGUGUUGCUGGCACGAGCAUAUUCAAAACGCCGGACAACCCUCUGGGAAAAGUUGGAGUUACUGGCAGCGGCAAGGGGAUGACGGAUUAUGCUGCAAAAAAUAAGCACAAAUUCGUCGCGACGCCAGACCCGGCAUGA